AUGAUCUCCUCCAAAGUGGCACCCGGAGAAGAAUCACUGCGAGAGGCGCCGUCUGAAGGUCAGUUGGAGUCAGUGCCAUCUGACGAGGCCGGCCCUAGCUGGGCCUCAGGGCCGCCAUCGGAGCGCCCGCCGCCCCUGGGUCAGGAGGCACCUCUGCCACGUCGCUGCCACACCGACUGCUUAGAAGCGCCCCUGUCACGCAGCUUUCAGCGCCUUGGCUACGCUGUGGGUAUGCACCCCUGGCUGUUUUUACUUGGGCCGGUGCUGCUGACGGUUGCUCUGGGCACCGGCCUCAUCUUCCUGCCCAAGGAGAAGGAGAACCUGGAGGAGCAGUACACACCAAUUGGCAGUCCUGCCAAGGCCGAGCGGCGCUUUGUGCAGGGUCACUUCAGCACCAAUGACACAUACCGCUUCUCCGCCUCCAGAACCAGCUCCGAGGUCAACUUUGCGUCCAUCCUGGUGGUGUCCUUUACCGCCUCUCUACUGGAGCCAGGGGUAUUCACGGAGGUGAGUAAGCUGGACCGAGCAGUGCAAGCGCUGAAGGUGGUACAGGAAGAUGGAACACAGAUCCUGUACAAAGAGAUAUGUGCCAAGUACAAGACUCUGUGCGUGCCACCCAACCCUCUGCUGUAUGCCUGGCAGCAUAACUCGUCAUUGGACCUGUCAAACCUCACCUUCCCUAUCCAUGACUUGAACAACCACUUAGUCUAUUUGGCGGGCUUCUUUGGGGGAAAUGUCUUAGGCCAAUCGAUGGGAAGAAGUCAACGACUUGUGGAGUCCCGAGCAAUUAGGCUGCUGUACUACCUCAAGACCGAGGACCCAGAGGACAGUGAGCGUAGCAAGGCAUGGCUCACUCACUUUCUUAACCAAUUUAACGACAUGAAGAGCAGUCUGACUUUGGAAGAGACAGAGGUAGUCUACUUUACAUCCCUUUCAAGACAGCUGGAGUUUGAGGCAACCUCUAAGACUGUGAUCCCUCUGUUCCACUUGGCAUACAUUUUAAUCAUACUGUUUGCAGUUGUAUCAUGCUUCAGGUUGGACUGUGUAAGAAACAAAAUGUGGGUAGCAGUCUUUGGAGUGUUUUGUGUUGCCAUGUCAGUGGUGAGUGGCUUUGGCCUGAUGCUUCACAUUGGGGUCCCAUUUGUGAUCAUAGUUGCAAAUUCACCAUUUCUUAUUCUUGGUGUUGGGGUUGAUGACAUGUUUAUCAUGAUUUCUGCCUGGCAGAAGACUAGCCUCACAGAAAGCAUAAGAGAUCGACUCUCCAGUUCAUAUUCAAAGGUGGCAGUAUCCAUUACAAUCACCACCAUCACCAAUGUCCUUGCUUUCUAUACAGGAAUCACCAGCUCUUUUAGAUCUGUACAGUAUUUUUGCAUCUAUACAGGAACAACCCUGCUCUUUUGUUAUUUUUUUAGUAUUACCUGUUUUGGAGCAAUUAUGGCUCUGGAUGGUAAAAGAGAAAUUGUGUGCUACAACUGGCUGGAAAAGCCAGACCAAAAAUAUGCCUCAUUGAAAAAAUCCUGCUGUCUCCCAUUUGGUUUAUCCCCAGAUGAACAUGGAGAAGAUAAGCAUCCAAUGAAUUUGUUCUUUAGAGACUAUUUUGGUCCUUUCCUCACAACUUCCAAAGCCAAGUUUUUUGUAGUGCUGAUAUACAUUUUCUAUAUCAUAAGCAGUAUAUAUGGAUGCUUCCAAGUGCAGGAAGGGUUAGAUCUUCGGAACCUGGCAAGUGAUGAUUCCUACAUCACACCAUAUUUUAAUAUUGAGGAAGAUUAUUUUUCAGAUUAUGGUCCAAGGGUUAUGGUCAUUGUUACUGAAAGUGUUAACUACUGGGAUGGUGAUGUAAGACAGAAACUGGACAAAUGUAUGAUAAAAUUUGAAGAAAAUGCAUAUGUAGAUAAAAAUCUCACAGAAUUUUGGUUGGGAGCAUAUAUUCAAUAUAUGAAUAACAGUGGAAAUGAUCCCAAUGACAAGAACACCUUUAUGAAUAAUAUUUCAGGUUUUUUAAAAAUUUCCCCUAUUUUUGCAUAUGAUAUUAAUAUUUCCUCAUCAAAUGAAAUCACUUCUUCUCGAGGCUUCAUCCAGACUAUAGGGGUUUCUUCCUCAACCAAUAAGAAGAGAAUGUUACUACAGUUACGAGGCAUAGCUGAAAACUGUGAAGUUCCCUUAAUGGUGUAUAACCAGGCAUUCAUAUAUUUUGACCAGUAUGCAGCAAUAAUAGAAAACACUGUUCGAAAUGUCAUGGUUGCAUCAACAGCUAUGCUUAUUGUUUCCUUAUUAUUAAUUCCUCAUCCAGUGUGCUCUUUGUGGGUUACUUUUGCUAUUGCUUCUGUGAUUGUGGGAGUUACAGGUUUCAUGGCAUUCUGGAAUGUUAAUCUUGAUUCCAUAUCCAUGAUUAAUCUUGUUAUUUGUAUAGGGUUUUCUUUUGAUUUUUCUGCACACAUCUCCUAUGCAUUUGUUUCCAGUUCUGAGACCUCAGUAAACAAAAAGUCAAUUGAGGCUUUGUAUAUGUUAGGCUAUCCAGUGUUGCAAAGUGCAAUUUCAACAAUAAUAGGGGUGUGUGUUUUAUCUACAGCUAAAGCUUACAUCUUUAGGACAUUUUUUAAGAUUAUGUUUCUUGUUAUGUUUUUUGGGGCUGCUCAUGGCCUAAUUUUUAUUCCAGUAUUCUUAACCUUUUUUUGA